CCAGAGCGGGCGCGGCGGAGCAUCCUCGGGCACCGCGGCCCCGGUGCGGGCCGCCUCCCCCGCAGCUCCCGGCCUCAUAUGGGCGGUGCCGGCGCCCCGGCCCCCGCACGCCCGUCCCGCUCGGCGUUAGCAUGGGCACGGUGCUCUCCCUCUCCCCCGCCGCCUCCUCGGGCAAGGGCGGCGGCGGCGGGGGGCUGCUGGCCGAGAAGGCGCCGGGCAGGGUGCCGGGCAAGGGCGAGAGCCGGCUGAAGCGCCCCGGCGUGCUCAUCUCGGCGCUAACCUGGAAGCGGCUGGUGGCCGCCUCGGCCAAGAAGAAGAAAAGCACCAAGAAGGUGACGCCGAAGCCCGGCGGCGGGGCCCCGGGGGGGGCCCCGGGCCAGCCCGACCCGCUGGUGGUGCAGCGCAACCGCGAGAACUUGCGCAAGUCGGUGGUGGGGCCGGCCGACGGUGCCAAGCAGGGCCCGCUGGCCGUGCCGGUGCCCACGGUGCCCUCGGCGCCGCAGGAGCUGCACCCGGGCUCCGGCGGGGGAAAGCCGCCGCCGCCGCCGCCGCCGGCCGGCAGCCGCCCCCCGGGAUCCCCGCGGCGCGUGGUGGUGCAGGCGUCCACCGGAGAGCUGCUGCGCUGCCUGGGGGACUUCGUGUGCCGCCGCUGCUACCGCCUGAAGGAGCUGAGCCCCGGGGAACUCAUCUCGUGGUUUCGCAGCGUGGACCGCUCGCUGCUGCUGCAGGGCUGGCAGGACCAGGGCUUCAUCACCCCCGCCAACCUGGUGUUCGUCUACCUGCUGUGCCGGGAAGCGCUGCGGGGCGAAGACAUCGGGAGCCAGGCCGAGCUGCAGGCCGCCUUCCUCACCUGCCUCUAUCUCGCCUACUCCUACAUGGGCAACGAGAUCUCGUACCCGCUGAAGCCCUUCCUGGUGGAGGGAGACAAGGGGCGCUUCUGGGAGCGCUGCCUGGGCAUCAUCCAGCGCCUCAGCGCCAAGAUGCUGCGAAUCAACGCGGACCCGCACUACUUCACGCAACUCUUCCAGGACCUCAAGAGCGAGGGCGAGGGCGGAGACGGGUCCAAGCACUGGACGAUCAGCCUGGACCGCUAGGGAGGUACCAGGCCCCCGGCGCCGGGGGCGGAAGGGGCCGCGCACCGAGGGGCGGGGGAGGCGAAGGACUGCCGGAUUCCCCCCCCUGCCCCCGCAUCCUCCUCGCCUUCCCCCUUCCCCAGCCGCCAGUUCCACGGAGACGCUGCUUGGACCCUCCCUGCUCCGGAUCCGGCUGCCCUCCUCCCCCGCCUCCGACCCCAGCUGGGGGCUGCGCUCCGGUGCCCCGAGGCGGCGGCGAAGACCGGGGAGGGGGAGCGGCGCCCCUCCCGCCCCCGCCAAGGGGGAACCGGGGGGGCUGCGGGCGAGCGGAGGCUCCUGGAUGCGUUUUCUCUAGAAAAAAGGGGUGAAAAAAUGGGUGUGGGGGCAGGAGGGCUCGUGGGGGGGGGGAUUUUUGGGGGGUAGGGGGUGCAUGUGAACGAGUCCCUCGGCGCGGGCAGGGCCGCCCCGCGCCUCCGCAGCGCUCCCGGCGCUGUCCGUGGUGCUGGAGCUGCCGCGCUGAGCAGACAAAGGCGGGGAUUGCGGGCAGGGCUGGGGGGGUUCCUGUGGGCGAUGCCUUCCCCCCACCCCCCGCCCACGUGUGGUACAUGGGCCCCCUCCCCCAGCAUGGGCGACCCUGCCGUCACCCCGCGGGAGCCGCCCGCGCACCCCUUUGUUCGAGCCGCUGGGGGGGCGCCCACGCCCGGCCCCUCGGGUAAACCCCCCCGUGCGCCCCCGAAACAAGGGAUGAUGCCUCCCCCUCCUCGGCUUGCUGCGGGAAGAGGGGUCUGUGCCAGAGGAGGCCUAGGGUGCCCAAACGGAGGGGCCUGCUAUGGGAGGGGGGUCUCCUCUCCUCUUGCUUUGCUUCACUGGAGAAUAAAGAGGUGGCCUG